AUGGCGGCUGGUUCGCGCGGCCGCCAGCCGUGGGGCUCGCGCCUCCUCGGGCUGCUCGGGCUGGUUUCGGUCUCGGUCGCGGCCGCCGCCUGGGACUUGGCUUCAUUGCGCUGCAGCUUCGGCACCUUCUGCGAAUGUGACUUCCAGCCCGACUUCCAGGGUCUGGAGUGUGACCUGGCCCAGCACCUGGCGGGCCAGCACUUGGCCAAGGCGCUGGUGGUGAAGGCGCUGAAGGCCUUCGUGCAGGACCCGGCCCCCACCAAGCCGCUGGUCCUCUCCCUGCACGGCUGGACAGGCACCGGCAAGUCCUAUGUCAGCGCCCUGCUGGCCCACUACCUCUUCCGGGGUGGCCUCCGCAGCCCCUACGUGCACCACUUUUCCCCCGUCCUCCACUUCCCCCACCCCAGCCACAUGGAGCGCUACAAGAAGGAUCUUAAGAGCUGGGUGCAGGGGAACCUCACUGUUUGUGGCCGCUCCCUCUUCCUUUUUGAUGAGAUGGACAAGCUGACCCCAGGCCUGAUGGAGGUCCUACAGCCUUUCCUGGGCUCCUCCUGGGUGGUGUAUGGGACCAACUAUCGAAAAGCCAUCUUCAUCUUCAUCAGCAACACCGGCGGCGAGCAGAUCAACCAGGUGGUGCUGGAGGCGUGGCGCAGCCGCCGGGACCGCGAGGAGGUCGGCCUGCAGGAGCUGGAGCCGGUCAUCUCGCAGGCGGUGCUGGACAACCCCCACCACGGCUUCUGGCGCUCGGGCAUCAUGGAGGAGCACCUCCUGGACGUCCUGGUGCCCUUCCUGCCGCUCCAGCGGCACCACGUGCGGCACUGCGUGCUCAACGAGCUGGCCCAGCUGGGCCUGGAGCCCAGGGACGAGGUCAUCCAGGCCGUGCUGGACAGCACCACCUUCUUCCCUGACGACGAGCAGCUCUUCUCCUCCAAUGGCUGCAAGACUGUGGCUUCCCGGAUCGCCUUCUUCCUCUGA